CCAAGGCUUGUAAGAAGGAACACUGACUUCCUGAAAUCUUCAACCACGGAAGUGUCAGAAAGUAAUCAAGUGUAGUAACAUCAUCCCGCCACAAGGUGUCAGUAAGAGUCGACAUCAAAUGGGCAGAACAGCUUGUGUUCAUAUUCAGCCUCCAUUGGAGAAAAGAUAUGUUUAUUUUCAAAAUGUUCAAAGUGUCAACAGAUGUCCAAUAAUAAAAUAUAUUAUUCAUGUGUUGUACUUGUCAUAGAACACCAUGUGAGUCUUGACUGUGAUAUCUAGCAGUGUUUGAUGUUGACUUUAAGACCCCACUGAAGACUGAAUGAGCUCAAAUAUUCACAGUGCAAGAUUGUUGAACAUGAAACUAAAUAAUAAAAAGUCAUCUUGUUGUUGUGUUCUUCUUUCAGUGAUUCACACGCUGCAGUAUUUCCAAACUGCGUCCUCUCAAGUUCCAAACUUCCCAGAGUUUGUGAGUGUUGGUUAUGUUGAUGGAGUUGAGAUUAGUUACUAUGACAGCAACAUCAGGAAAGCAGAAUCCAAACAGGACUGGAUGAACAAAAUCACAGCAGAGGAUCCAAAAUACUGGCAGAGAGAAACAGAGAUCAAUGUUGGUAAUGAGUUAAUUGACAAACACAACCUUGAAGUUCUUAAGAAGCGUUUCAACCAAACUGGAGAGCUUCCAGAGGUGUUCCUCCUCCAGAAGACGCCAUCCUCUCCAGUCACCUGCAUGGCGACAGGUUUCUACCCCGACUUAGCAGACCUGUUUUGGAGGAAAGACGGCGAGCAGAUCUUCGAGGACGUGGAGCACGGAGAGCUGCUCCCCAACCACGACGGAACCUUCCAGAUGUCGGUGGAGCUGAAAGUGGAGGUGACGGCCGAGGUGGAGGGCAAGUACGAAUGUGUGUUCCAGCUGUCUGGCGUCAAGGAGGACCUGGUCACCAAGCUGGAGAGAAGAAGCAUCCUGAGCAACGCAAGCCAUGAAGACAACUGGAGCGUCGCCCUCGCUGCCACGGCGGCGGUCGUCGCUGUGGCGGCCGUCCUGGCGGCCAUCAUCAUCGUCAUGGUCAGGCGUCACAGAAACAGACAAGGUGAGGGACACCAAUGUCCUCCGUCUUCUUCUUCUUCUUCUUCUUCUUCUCGGUCCAGGCCGUGAGUUGAUGCUUUCAUCCGGGCUGCAUGUUUUAGUUGCCUUCCAGCCAAACACUCAAAGAUCCACAGAGACAGAGCGCACACUCUCACAUAGAAACACGUGAGGAAAAAGUCCAUUUCACCUUGUUUCACUUUCAUUUCAGCCCAGUACGAUCCAGCUCGUAAGUAAAACAUCUUUUCUUUGAGCCGCAAGAAACAAAGCCGUGGUGAAGCGUCACUCACAUGGAGGUCUGAUGUGGACCUUUGUUACAAGUUUAGCCUGAAAAUCCCAACUUGAGCUGACUCCUUCACAAUAAAAGACCCUCCUGUGAGCACACGCAAUACAAAGUGUGGCAUAUCUCACGUUUGUCAUGAGUCCUCAUGAUGAGGAUCAGCCAAAUGAGACCUCAAGUGUGCUGACUCAUCAAGAAGGUAUCCUAGUCAGGAAGUAGAAGAGCAGCACUCUGCUUCUUCAUGUUUCCAAGUCACACCUCAAAGAUCUGAUGUGAGUGACGAGGCACCUUCUGGAUGUUCUUCCUUCACCGUUUGCGUUUGUCCCGCAGCUCGCCACGGCGGCGUGGAGCUCUCCGAGAAGGUGGCGGCUGAAGGCUGAGAUGCUUUGUGCACUGGAACACAGAGAGAUGUCUCCAUCGCUGAGGGACGUCAUGGAGAUGUGCUUUGUUCUUCAUCCCACUGCUCCUCACGCUAUUCCAUCUAUUCUUCUUUGGCCGUUAAAAUACUUUCAACAUCAAACGUUGGUGGCUAGAAAAUCAUUCGGGGCUCACGUUUCAUGGCCUUGACAUCAUGACGAGGAUUUCUUCUUUCUUUGAAUGGCCGCUGCUUAUGAUCAAUAUCACAUUGUGUCACCUCUCUGUCAAUAAAUCCGUUUGUUCUCCA